CUCCAUAUCAGUUGAUUUUUAUAAUCAGGUUGACGUUUUAGUCGCUGAUGUGCGUAUGAUGGAAUCACGUCGCUUGUUUCUCACUUAAAGGAGCAGCACUGCUUUGAAAAACUCAUUCCAGGAAGAGAACAAGGAAAGUUGGCUGAGUAACUGUAAAAAAGGACGAAAAAUGUCAGUCGGCAGCAGUUUGCAAGAUGUUCACCUGCGAUAUCCGCAGAAAGCCAAGCAUUUGAAACAACUAGAAAGUUCCACGAAUUUGGCUGAUGACUUUUACAUGGAUGACGAAGACGAUCCUGGAUACGGUAAUAAAGUUGGACCAACCGUGUGGGAUCACAUUCUUCUGAACAGGCCAGCUAAAGUGAUAUUUGCCCUGCUGAUCGCAGUAUUUGUCGUCCCCCCGUUGCUCUAUGGACUGAUGUAUGGGCUCGGCAAGGACCCAGAGCCUUUUGGAUCCUGUGUCGUCCGCAAUUUUUACUGGUCCGAGUGUAUGCCGGGCAAACAACCGAGCCGACAAGAAUGCCUCGCAGCUGGAUGCUGCUGGAAUGAACUCGAGGAAUCGCUGAAUUUCUGCCAUCAUUCGCUUCCUGCUCGACAAAAUUACCAAAACAAAACGGGUUCGACCCAGCUUGUGGCUCGUUUGGAACGUUCACCCUUUGGUGCAGAGCCUCUAACUCUAAGUAUAAACAUUGCGGCCCUCAAUACGUCGCAUGUUCUCGUCCAACUGAUUGCUGAGGGGAGCGCUCCUGAUUCGAUUCAUGAAUCGAGGGUACAAUUGGAUGAAACGGAUAUUAAGAUUGACCUGACAGAAGGAGAGGCUUUUUUUGUUGAGCUAAAGCGUCGCACAUCAAACGAGACCCUCUUCUUUACUGGCAACGGGCCGCUCAUAGCCACUCAAGGAUUUUGGGAGUGGUCACUUCAAUUUCCGCAUGAUGCACUUCUCUUAGGUUCCGGCUCCACUUCGCGAGGAUCUCUCCGGCUGACCAGUGGAAGCGCAACCCUCUACCAAGGCUUGGGAACAAAAGCCAACGGUCGUCCGUUUAUUUUAUGCGUUACCCAGAGCGGAAAAUCACACGGGGUGCUGUUUGAAGCGCCGGGAGCAAUCGAAGUCGUUGCUCGGCCGUCAAACUUGAUCUCGAUUCGCAGCACCGCUGGCGCAGAAUACCUCAACGUUCACACGUUUGUGGGAAACAGCCCCGCCGAAGUGUUUGAGGCGCUCACAGCACACAUUGGGCUGCCGACUUUACCGCCGUAUUGGUCCCUUGGGUUGCACGUGUGCAGAGACACAGCGCGAAAUGGAACAAACGAAGACGCACUGAAUUUCAAGAAUGAAGCGACACGCUUGGAUUUUCCUUACGACUCGGAUUGCGUAGAUGAUUCUGCCCUGGGAAACGUGUCAUAUGUUGUCGAGGGUAACAGGGUAGACAAGCUGAAGACGAUUGUGACUGAGUUGAAAAACAGCAAACGCCACUUUUUACUUAGCCUCUACGCGCAAGUUAGUGAGAGAACGACCGCUUUCGAGGAGGGCCAAGACAUUUUUUUGGUCGGCACAAACGGCACAUAUCUAGGUCAGCACAGAGACGAAACUGUGGCUUAUCCCGACUUUGAAAAUCCAAACGUCACAAAGUGGCUUGACACACACAUGAGUGCAAUGCUGGCAAAUAUUCAAGAUGUCCUCCCUUCGGGAUUAAUUCUGCCAGAUAACUGGCCGCUUAAUGAAGAUGCAACGCAAGGGGACGGAAAUGAAACUCUAGAAUAUGUUCCUCAGGGUUUAGAUAGUUUGUCAAACGGAACUGUUUUGUGGAGCGCGUCCGGCCUGCGAAGCCAUCAUAGUGUGCACAAUCAAUACGGCUCGUUAUUCACAACUCUAGCGAAAGAUAUAUUAGAACAAAUAAGUGGAUCAAGUGACAAAAGACUUCCAGUUUUGGGGUCUUCAAACUGGUUGGGCGGCAACACUAAUGGGUGGCUAGGUGAGGAGCAACAGGCUGACUGGCAAGGACUGAAGUCAGCUUUAUUGAGCGUGUUGGAGGCGGGAAUCAGCGGCGAGCCGUUUUCUGGAGGAGGACCAAUUUGCGGCUCGAGUGGCGUUUGGUCGGACUCGCUCUGCACCAGGUGGUCCCUCCUCGCGUUGACUACCUUCCCUCUAACGAGGUUCCAUCACCGAUGGGGUAGCACAGCUCGUGACCCGACUGCGCUGGAUGAGACCUCGGGUCGGAUCGUGGCGAGAGCGGUCCGUUUGCGAUACCAGUUGAUGCCGUAUCUAUACACGUGGCUUCAUAGAGCCUCGCUCAGCGGGAUGCCGUUGGUGAGGCCCAUGGCAGUCGAGUUUCCAACAGAUAACUCGACGUGGACUCUAGAGGAACAAUUUAUGGUUGGACCCUCUUUAAUGGCUGCCCCUGUUUUCGAACCGGCGGCAGUUUCAUUAACUAUUUACUUGCCACGUUCAACAGAAUCGUGGUUCCAUUUGCUGGGCGGUGAGAGAGUGCAAGCGGACGUUAAUGGUACAGGCCAUGUCACCCUAUAUGCUCCGGAAAAUGAGCUCAUACUCCUCAUCAAAGAGGGACAUAUAAUUGCACUGCAGGGGGUCAACACUUCCAGCGCGAUGUCUCGGGCCGAGUCAAGACAAAUAAUUGUCGCCCUUGAAUGCGGAGGCGCGAACAGCUCUGAGUGCACUGCCGAGGGGACGCUUUCACUGGACGACGGUAUAUCAAAUGACCUUUCGUUUGAUACCAUUCAAUUUUCUGCAAAUCAAACCUCACUGGUAAUAUCGUAUUCGGGGGAUCUUCAGAUUUGUUCACUUGGGGGAACUGAAAAUAUGGUCUCAACUGUAAUCGAUACAAUAUCGAUUUAUGGCGUUCCUGGAAAUGUGACAAAUGCCUCUAAUCUGCAAGUGGACGAUGAAAUUGACUUAGAAGCAAAAUUUUUCGUUGACACGGAAGAGGGGAAAAUCAGAAUUUCUUCGGUAUCAGUCGAUUGGUGCAGUUCACAAAGCAAUGUCAUGACUGUUUCAUGGGAAAUCGAGUAGCAUUAAAUUUGAAUUACAUUAUUUACUGAUAGGCCCUUAAUUUAUUUGUGUAUAGUUGUUUACUGUGCAGUAGUUGCUAAUAAAAGAAAAAUUAUCAGUAUAUUUUUCGCAGCCAAAGGCA